UUCCCACUCACUCCACCUCUCCUCCUUUUCCUUCUCCACCCUACUCCUCAUAUUUGCCGCCACCUCUCUCUCUCUCUCUCUCUCUCUCUCUCUCUCUCUCUCUCUCUCUCUAAAAGUCUCAACCUUUCCCAUUCUCUCUAGUCUCUCUACAUGCACUACCACCACUGCCGCCACUAAACCCAAAAAUGGGCAACCUAUGCGCCAUCCUCGCCCCAAGACCCGCCCCGAAAAAAAAGCCCAUUAAGCGCCUCCCGAACCCGCCGCCCGUACUCAACUCAUCAAGCACCCGAUGGACCCGGGUCCGAUCCUCCCGCAAACAAAGCCCCGACGACGCUUUCCUCCACGAACAAGCUCUCGCCGCCGCCAUCCUCUUCCAGCAGCACCAACAAAACGGCGGCGCUUCUCUUCCGUUUGAUCGCUCCUCUUCUCUACGAUACCCCAACGGUAACUCCACCUCCAAGAAAGCCAACAGUAACGUCUUGCCACGUAGCUCCAGCACUCGGGCUCGGUCCUUGACCGACCCGCUUCUCCAGCCUCACCAGCUUGUGAACCAGGAUGUAAAUAUUGAUGAUCUUGAGACCAACCACUUUGUUCUCAUACAUGGAGGCGGGUUUGGUGCGUGGUGUUGGUAUAAAACCAUUGCACUUCUAGAAGAGGGUGGUUAUAAAGUUAAUGCCAUAGAUUUAACUGGUUCUGGAAUUAAUUCCUCUGAUACAAACACCAUUGCAAGUCUUUCAGAAUAUGUGAAGCCUUUUACUGAUUUUCUUGAGAAGCUUCCUGAUGGAAAAAAGGUGAUCUUGGUGGGCCAUGAUUUUGGUGGCGCAUGUAUAUCGUAUGCAAUGGAGCUGUUUCCAUUUAAAGUUGCUAAGGCCAUUUUCCUUGCUGCUGCAAUGUUGAAAGAUGGACAAAGCACCCUUGAUACAUUCUCCCAACAGGCAACUUCAGAUGAUCUUAUGCGACAAGCUCAGAUAUUUUUGUAUGCAAAUGGGAAUAAUCAGCCUCCAACUGCUAUUGAUCUAGAUAAAUCAAUGUUGAAGGAUUUGUUAUUCAACCAAAGUCCCUCCAAGGAUGUUGCAUUGGCUUCUGUUUCGAUGAGACCAAUUCCAUUUGCCCCAGUUUUGGAGAAAGUGUCACUUUCUGAUACGAAGUACGGAUCAGUUAGGCGAUUUUAUAUUGAAACAUUAGAAGACAUUGCCAUACCUAUCACAGUCCAAGAGAGCAUGAUAAAUGCAAGUCCCCCUGAACAGGUCCUGCGGUUAAAAGGCGCAGAUCACUCACCCUUCUUCUCAAAGCCUCAAGCACUGCACAAGUUAUUGGUAGAGAUCUCAAAGAUUGCUUCACCCUAGAAAUGCUUUUUAGGCUAGAUGGCUAAGGAAUUUCUGCUGACACAAUAGAAAAAGCCGCUGAAAUCAUCAGUAAUCUAUGCAACUGCAUUAGAUAGGAUUGUGAAACAUAUAAAUGCACAGAGUAAAAGUGUUGUGCAAGUAUUCAUUUGAAAGAACAGAGAUAUGGGGUGUUUUUCUCCCUUGGAAGUUAUCAGUGUUCAUAUUUAUGCUAUUGGAAUUUACAUUUCAAGAAGUCCACAAAAGAAUGUACCAUGAAUAAAAUUGUAUACCAAAUUUAUUUACUUAUAUCU